GUCUUUCUUCCUUAUAUAGGGUUGCCACGGUUGUGGUAGAUGAAUGAUCCCUAGACCACCGCCACCUCCACGAAUUUGAUUUGAUAUCGGGCGCUAGCUACUGAGUAUGGAGAACCGAGAACAGGAGCAUACACUGAUUGAGUUGGGGGUUGUUGAAGCCCGCCAAGAACUGUUAAAUGGAGGAGGAAGACAGCUUUACUUGAACAAGCUCUCGUCGCGAGAAAUGGAGUCCCUCAUUGCCAUCAGUGACACCUUCUUGCCGUCCGUCGAGGCCCCUCACAACGCCGCCCAUGCAUACGUUGACAAGUUCUACCGGACUUCUGCUUCCAUGGCUGGAACUCCACAUAUAGUUGGAGGGUUGAUAAGUGAGAGGCUGGAACACCCAAAGUUAUGGAUGGUUAGAGUGGUGUUAUGGCUGCUGUCGACAUGGUUUGGGACCUUCAUAAUAUGUGGGUUGGCAAGCAUGUCAAGCCAUUUUCCAUACUUCCAAAGCUUCCCUCAGGUGUCUCCCCAUAAACGCCAUGAAAUAGUGUUGUCCUGGUCCCUCAGCUACUUCUCCCUCAUCAGGAUGCUCUUCAGAUCCUUGAAGCUUGUCACUCUCCUUGUAUUUUUCACCCAGGUAGAUGAGAAGAAUGAGAACUUGACAUGGAAAGCUAUUGGCUACUGUGGACCAGACCCAGAUUUUAAAACCCUAUAUCGAGCCAACAAAACAGCACAAGCAAAUGGCUAUGGAAGGUCAAUAUACGAGCGGGAACAAGAGGAAGAAGAUGAUAGAGAAGAUUUCAUUGGACCUCUUUACAGAGGCCUCAUUAACAUAAAGCGUCCACGAGAAGUUGUUGCAGAAGCCCUAAGACUAUCAGGAUUUUCCAUCUCAAUUCAUAGCCGAAAACAUGAGACACCAAACUCAUCUUCUCCUCUAAUCAUUCGUUGUGAUGCAGUUGUCAUUGGUUCCGGCUCCGGCGGUGGCGUUGCUGCAGGAGUUCUAGCAAAAGCAGGCUACAAAGUCCUUGUCUUAGAGAAAGGAAACUACUGCGCCAGGAGCAAUCUUUCGCUUCUUGAAGGACCCACAUUGGAUCAAAUGUACCUGUACGGAGGGAUGUUAGCUACUGAUGAUACCGGGGUGAUUAUACUCGCGGGCUCUACCGUUGGUGGAGGGUCAACAAUCAAUUGGUCAGCUUCGAUACGAACCCCUCAACAUGUACGUAAGGAAUGGUGUGAUCAACAUGAGCUGGAAUUAUUCGACAGCCAAGUAUACAAAGAAGCCAUGGAUGUUGUCUGUGAGAAAAUGGGAGUUCAAUCCGAAAUUUAUGAAGAAGGAUUGAACAAUGCAGUUUUGAGAAGAGGGUGUCAGGAAUUGGGGUACCCAGUGACCGAUAUCCCCCGAAAUGCACAGCCCAAACACUACUGCGGUUGGUGUUGCUUUGGGUGCAAGGAUGGGAGAAAGAAAGGCACUGCUGAGACGUGGCUAGUGGACAUGAUGAAUUCCGGGAAUGGUGUGAUUCUCCCAGGGUGUGAAGCAAUAAAAGUCCUGCACAAUAGAAAGAAGGGAAGAGCUCGGAGUACAGCAACUGGGGUUGCUUUUGAAUUCGAAUACAAAGGCGUUAAAGAAGUAUUCAUGGUAGAGUCCAAGGUGACAAUUGUGGCCUGUGGGGCUCUUAGUACUCCAGGGCUCUUAAAGAGAAGUGGAUUGAAGAACCCUAACAUAGGCAAAAACCUGCAUCUUCAUCCUGUGGCAAUGGCGUGGGGACACUUCCCUGAGCCGACGCCAUUGUCACCAAGUCCUGGAUGCCCAGGAUUGGAGAAGAGGAGCUAUGAAGGGGAAAUAAUGACAGUGAUGUCCACUGUCGUCGCAGACAUUGAGGGCUCAGGAUAUGGUGCAGUUAUCCAGACACCGUCUCUGCAUCCGGGUAUGUUCUCAGUCGUUAUGCCAUGGAUUUCAGGCCCUGACAUGAAAGAUCGAAUGAUUCGGUAUUCAAGAACUGCCCAUAUAUUUGCACUGGCAAGGGACAAAGGGUCAGGAACCAUAUCGUCCCCGAGCACAAUCAGCUACCAGAUGGAUGAAACUGAUGAGGAGAAUCUAAAGAGAGGGAUGGAGAAGCUACUGAGGAUACUAGCAGCAGCUGGUGCUGAAGAAAUAGGAACUCAUAACUGCAAUGGGAGAAGCAUAAAUGUAAAGAAAGUGAGUUCACAUGCAUUUGAGAGGUUUGUGAAGGAGGAGAGCUCAAGGGCACUGAGAGACCUUUCAACACCAGUAUGCUCAGCUCAUCAAAUGGGGAGUUGCAGAAUGGGGGUUGAUCCCAGGAGCUCAGCAGUGAAUCAGAUGGGGGAGACAUGGGAAGUAGAGGGGCUUUAUGUGGCUGAUACAAGUGUGUUCCCAACUGCACUGGGUGUUAAUCCAAUGGUUACUGUCCAAGCCAUUGCUUACUCUACUGCAAAAUCUGUUGUUGAAGUUCUUAGGAGGAAGAAGAAAGAGACUUGUGCCAGCUAGCUCAUGAACCCUAAUCAAAUUUCAUGUGUUAUAUAUAUGUACUCACUCUUGAGCUUAA